GGGACUGGAGAAGGCCGCGCUACCGCCGCUCCUCCCACCCCCCGCCUCGGCCCCGAAGGGGGCUGCACGGGCGACUUGGCGGCGAUGGCUCGAGCUCGGGCGGCGACGGCGGUGGCCGGAGGCGGCGGCUCCUCCUCCUCCUCCUGGGCCUGGGCCCGGCGGUGAUCCGAGCUGGCGGCCGCGGCCCCCCGAUGAGACUGUUGGCGGGCUGGCUGUGCCUGAGCCUGGCGUCCGUGUGGCUGGCGCGGAGGAUGUGGACGCUGCGGAGCCCGCUCUCCCGCUCCCUGUACGUGAACAUGACGAGCGGCCCCGGCGGGCCGGCGGCGUCCGCGGGCGGCGGGAAGGACACGCACCAGUGGUAUGUGUGCAACAGAGAGAAGUUAUGUGAAUCACUUCAGUCUGUCUUUGUUCAGAGUUAUCUUGAUCAAGGAACACAGAUCUUCUUAAACAACAGCAUUGAGAAAUCUGGCUGGCUAUUUAUCCAACUCUAUCAUUCUUUUGUAUCAUCUGUUUUUAGCCUGUUUAUGUCUAGAACAUCUAUCAACGGGUUGCUAGGAAGAGGCUCGAUGUUUGUGUUUUCACCAGAUCAGUUUCAGAGACUGCUUAAAAUCAAUCCGGACUGGAAAACUCAUAGACUUCUUGACUUAGGUGCUGGAGAUGGAGAAGUCACAAAAAUCAUGAGCCCUCAUUUUGAAGAAAUUUAUGCCACUGAGCUUUCUGAAACAAUGAUCUGGCAACUUCAGAAGAAGAAAUACAGAGUGCUUGGUAUAAAUGAAUGGCAGAAUACAGGGUUCCAGUAUGAUGUCAUCAGCUGCUUAAAUCUGCUGGAUCGGUGUGAUCAGCCCCUGACAUUGUUAAAAGAUAUCAGAAGUGUCUUGGAGCCCACCCAAGGCAGGGUCAUCCUUGCCUUGGUUUUGCCCUUUCACCCCUAUGUGGAAAACGUAGGUGGCAAGUGGGAGAAACCAUCAGAAAUUUUGGAAAUCAAGGGACAGAACUGGGAAGAACAAGUGAAUAGCCUGCCUGAAGUGUUCAGGAAAGCUGGCUUUGUCAUCGAAGCUUUCACUAGACUGCCAUACCUGUGUGAAGGCGACAUGUACAAUGACUACUAUGUUCUAGACGACGCUGUCUUUGUUCUCAGACCAGUGUAGACAUGUGGAGGCCUAAGCCUUCAGCGUUCACCCUGGAGUCUGCCCUCCAGAAGAGGGGAUGUGUGCAGUGAUGUGAGGGAGGGCCUCUGGGGGCUGCCAUUCUCAGUAUCGUGUAGGAAUUUUACAAGCCAAAAUACUAAUUCUUUCUUUGUAGUGUGGAAAGGAGUGUUUUUAAAAACAAAACCCCAACUCUUUUGUGUAUUUUUAAUCAACUCUUUACUCAGAGUCACGCUCCAAUGCAGGUCACUCUCCAGUUAUGAUGGAAGAUAUUUUUUAUACUUAAUUGCUGUAGGGACUCAUUCCCAGACAAAGCAAUAGUCAUGAUGUCAUGGAACUGAUAAAUGGAUUGUUUUUAAUAAAUGAAGACUGGCAAUAAAGCUGUCCAUUGAAUUCCAAAUAUUGGUUAUAAGGUAGAACCACUGAUAACUCUUUCAUGUUUAGAAAUUCCUUCUGUUACUAUACAAAAAAUGUUUUUAAUCAUGCUAAUAAACGUUUUUGGAGAUGA